UUGUGGCCAAUCCUUCUCUUGUUUCGCAUACAUACUGUUAACAUGACUCUCAUACAUAUGGUAUUAUUCAAGUUCAGACCCGAGGUCACAACAGAGCAUAAGGAGACGUUUGUGAGAGAACUGAAAAAACUCAAGAACCUGUCUUGCGUGAAGGACAACCGCCUCAUUGUUGGGGGGCCAUCAGUGACCGACCCGAUCGAGAGAAGUAAGGAUUUCGAGUUUGCUCUUCUCAGCUAUCAUGAGAAUCGAGCCGCUUUGGACGAGUAUCAAGCAAGCAAGGAGCAUCAUUGGUACCGUCCCCGCACCCUGGUUUACGUCGUCAUGUCUGCAUGCAUGCUUACCAAGCCACUUCCCAGGGUCACACAAACAUACAUGUUCCCUUACAAGGAGGAUCUCUGUCGUUUCGACUUCGAGGUAGAUGAGGCUGAUGAGUAUAUGUGCGACUUCAGCAAGUUGGCAGCGAAGAUGGCAGGCGGUAUAUCCACGCCUGAGGAGAAGGACUUGUAG